GUUUAAUUUAGGUUAACCGCGGUUGUAGUAAUUCUCAUUUUAUUUAAACUAUCGUGCUAAAUAAAAAGUAACAACCGGUUGAAUUUUAUUACCGGUCAUUAAAUCGAUAAAUAAGUAUUUGACAUAUUUAUGGUUUAUUGACAAAAAAAAUCCCGCGACAAGACCGUCUUUUUAGUAAUAUAGGAAGGAGUAGGGGUGCGAACAGGUUUUUGUAAAUAUAUAUAUAUAUAAAAAGUUGGCAUAUUUUAAAUAAUUGCUCUCUUGCAUGGUACCGGUGCACGUUAAGGGUCUUUGUGAAUUUUAAAUGAACUUAAAGCUUGUGUUAUAACAGUUUUUUUGUGUAAUGAAUUGACUGUGGGUCACUUAACAAUAAACACUAUGAAUCUACGACUAAAUUUAAGUAUUUUAAUCCAUAUUGGAUUCGUGUCUGCCCAUAAUGGUGGUGCUGCACCUACAGCGGUAACAGAAAAUGGAAAAAUAAAGGGACAAAUCAGAGGAGCCAAAUGUGGGAGGCAAUUUUUUUCAUAUACAGGAAUCCCCUACGCCAAACCUCCUUUAGGAAAUUUAAGAUUUGCAGAACCUCAAAGUCCGGAGUCCUGGACAACAAUUAGAGAUGCAACGAAGGAGCCUCCCUUAUGCAUUCAAAAAAAUUACUUAUUUUCUGCUACCCCGUCCAUACAAGGAGAAGAAGACUGUUUGUAUCUUAAUGUUUAUUCCCCAAAGCUUUCCAGUGCUUCCAAUGAGAAAGUUCAAAAUGAACUGUUACCAGUGAUGGUUUUUAUCCAUUGGGGCGCCUUCAUUGCUGGAGCGAGCAGGGGUGGUUAUAUAGGUCCAGAGUAUUUUAUGGAUAAGGAUGUUGUUUUGGUUACUUUCAAUUAUCGACUUGGUCCAUUCGGUUUCUUAUCAACAAUCGACGAUGAAGCUCCAGGAAAUUAUGGUUUAAAAGAUCAAGUGCUAGCCCUUAAAUGGGUCCAGCGAAAUAUCGAGAACUUUGGUGGAAAUAAGGACAACGUUACUAUAUUUGGACAGAGCGCAGGCGCGGGGAGCGUUCAUUACCAUUUAUUAAGCCCUGCAUCAAAAGGUUUGUUUCAUCGAGCAAUUUCUCAAAGCGGAAGUGCACUAGCAGCUUGGGCUAUGACUCUAAACGAUGUCCAAAAACAAGUAACUGUCUUACAAGCGAAAUCUGUUGGUUGUGAAAACUCGACAGAUAAUAAAAUGCUUAUUGAAUGCCUAAGAAAUGUUCCUGCUGAGGAUAUUAUGAGAACUCAAGAUUAUUUUAGAACUUUCUUUGGUAAUCCCCUUGUGAUAUAUGGGGCUGUAGUAGAAACGGAGUCUGAAAGGAACCCUCAGCCAUUUUUCACCAAAACUCCGCUAGAGUAUAUCUUGUCAGGACAAAUAGAAAAAGUACCAUGGAUCACAGGCGUUGUAAAGAAUGAAGGAGUUUUAAGAGCACCAAGUUUGAUUCGAUCAUCUGAAGCCAGAGAAGCUUUAAAUAAAAAUUUCGAGAAGUUAUUGACUGAAGACUUAUUAGGAUUGCAACUGAGUACAGUCGAUACCCAAAGCCUGUACAAAAAUAUCAGCAAAUUUUAUUUUAAUGGCAAGGAGCAAAUUGAUUUGGCAGACCUUAAGACUGUACAGGGAUUCAUAGAUGUAUAUUCUGAUAGAGCGUUUUUCUACCCUCUGUACCAAUCAUUAUUUUUACACUAUAAGGUUGGUCAUAAGCCUAUCUAUUUGUAUAGUUUUGAAUAUAAAGGUACUAACAGUUAUGGGGACUUAUUUGCUGGAACUAAAGAAGAUAUAGAUUAUGAAUGGGGUGUUUGUCAUUGCGAUGAGCUUCUAUACCUUUUUAAUUCAACGGAUUUGAUUCCAAGCAUAAGCAACUGGAGCGAUGCUUUAAUGAGUAGGAUGUUGCUGACCCUCUGGACGAAUUUUGCAAAAUAUGGAAAUCCAAACCCUAUUGAAAAUUCUGUACAUGCAAACCUCAACUGGAAGCCUUUGAAUUUAACAACAACAGACCACAGUAAGGCCAGUGAGGAUUUGCAAUUUUUAAACAUUACAGGAAGUAGAGCUACUGGACCAAAAUUGGAGAUAUCUACAGGUUUUUACCAAGAAAGGAUCAAAUUUUGGACUGACUGUGAUAUUUUUGAAAAUAGUUACUUUGACUGAAUAAAUUUGACUGAUCUUUUUUAA